ACUAAUUGUUUGUUGUUAAUGAACAGGUUAGGUGGGAAGAUGUUGGAGGUAUGGCAGAAGUAAAAAAGAAACUGAAACAAGCUGUUGAGUGGCCCUUAAAACAUCCAGAAGCAUUUUCUCGAAUGGGAAUUCGACCUCCUUGUGGGUUGCUUAUGUAUGGCCCUCCUGGUUGCUCCAAGACUAUGAUAGCCAAGGCAAUUGCCACGGAAAGUGAAUUAAAUUUCAUUGCUAUCAAGGGUCCAGAACUGUUUAAUAAAUGGGUCGGUGAAUCAGAGCGAGCUGUUCGAGAAUUGUUCCGUAAGGCUAGAUCAGUGGCUCCAUCUAUCAUAUUCUUCGAUGAAAUAGAUGCUUUAGCUGCUGAGAGAGGAGGAUCAAGUGGAGGUAGUAAUGUAGGAGAUAGAGUGCUAGCCCAACUGCUGACAGAACUUGAUGGCAUAGAGCAGUUACAAGGUGUUCUAAUGGUAGCUGCUACCAAUAGGCCUGAUAUGAUUGACAAGGCCUUACUUCGACCAGGUCGUCUGGACAGUAUAAUAUACGUCCCACUUCCGAAUGAAGUGACAAGAAGGGAAAUAUUCCACAUAAGACUAAAAAAAAUGCCCAUUAGUGAGGGAGUCGACAUAGAACUUUUAGUGGAAAGAACUAAUGGAUACUCUGGUGCAGAAAUUGUUGCCGUUUGUCAUGAAGCAGCAAUGAAAGCACUUGAAGAAGACAUUACAACUCAAAGUGUAAAAUGGGAACAUUUUUUAAGUGCUUUAAGAACUGUUCAACCUAGGUCAUCACCUGAAAUGAUACGUUUUUAUGAAGAAUAUUAUUUAGAAAAAGAUGUACGGACUUUUCAAUAAAAGUAUAUUGUUACCAA